CGCCCCACCAUGUCGUGGCUCUUUGGUGUCAACAAGGGUCCGAAGGGCGAGAGCCCGGGGCCCGUGCUACCCCUGCCGCCCGCGACUGGAGGGGACGGCAGCGGGGACCGGACGGGAGGCGGCGGGGACCGACCCACGCCCAAGGACAAAUGGAGCAACUUCGACCCCACGGGCCUGGAGCGUGCGGCCAAGGCGGCGCGCGAGCUCGAGCACUCGCGCCACGCCAAAGAAGCGCUCAGUCUUGCACAGAUGCAGGAACAGACUUUGCAGCUGGAGCAGCAGUCGAAGGUUAAAGAGUACGAAGCUGCCGUGGAGCAGCUGAAGAACGAGCAGAUUCGGGUACAAGCGGAGGAGAGAAGGAAGACGCUAAAUGAAGAAACGAGGCAGCAUCAGGCACGAGCUCAGUAUCAGGACAAGUUGGCCCGGCAGCGCUAUGAUGACCAGCUCCGCCAGCAGCAACUUCUCAAUGAAGAAAACUUGAGGAAGCAGGAGGAGUCCGUGCAGAAGCAGGAGGCAAUCAGGAGAGCCACUGUGGAACGGGAAAUGGAGCUGCGGCAUAAAAAUGAGAUGCUGCGGAUAGAAGCAGAGACCCGUGCUCGAGCCAGAGCGGAGAGAGAGAACGCAGACAUCAUCAGGGAGCAGAUCCGCUUAAAAGCCGCCGAGCACCGCCAGACCAUUCUGGAAUCCCUCAAGACAGCUGGUACUCUGUUUGGUGAAGGAUUUCGGGCCUUUGUAACAGACUGGGACAAAGUUACAGCUACGGUGGCAGGAUUGACACUGCUAGCCGUCGGUGUUUACACAGCUAAAAAUGCUACAGCAGUUGCUGGCCGCUACAUUGAAGCCCGCCUAGGAAAGCCCUCCUUGGUAAGAGAAACCUCACGAAUUACAGUGUUGGAGGUGCUGAAGCAUCCGAUCAAGGUUGGCAGGCGUCUGGCGAGUAAGCCUCAGGAUGCUCUGGAAGGAGUUGUUCUCAGUCCAAAACUGGAGGAACGGGUCAGGGACAUCGCCAUAGCAACAAGGAACACCAGGAAGAACAAAAGCUUAUACAGGAAUAUCCUCAUGUAUGGACCCCCCGGAACGGGGAAAACACUUUUUGCCAAGAAGUUAGCCAUGCAUUCGGGUAUGGACUAUGCCAUCAUGACUGGUGGUGAUGUCGCCCCCAUGGGGCGAGAAGGAGUGACUGCCAUGCACAAGGUCUUUGAUUGGGCCAACACCAGCCGCAGAGGCCUCUUGCUGUUUGUUGAUGAAGCUGAUGCCUUCCUGAGAAAGCGAGCCACAGAGAAGAUAAGUGAAGACCUCCGGGCAACGCUGAAUGCAUUCCUGCAUCGGACGGGCCAGCACAGCAACAAGUUUAUGCUGGUCUUGGCAAGUAACCAACCUGAGCAGUUUGACUGGGCCAUCAAUGACCGAAUAGAUGAAAUGGUCAACUUCGACCUGCCUCAGCUCCAAGAACGGGAGCGCCUGGUCAGGAUGUACUUUGACAAGUAUGUUCUGAAGCCAGCCACGGAAGGGAAGCAGCGCCUGAAGCUGGCCCAGUUUGACUACGGGAAAAAAUGCUCAGAGAUCGCCAGGCUGACCGAAGGCAUGUCCGGGCGGGAGAUCUCGCAGCUUGCCAUUGCCUGGCAGGCCUUAGCCUACGCCUCAGAAGACGGUGUCCUCACAGAGGCGAUGAUCGACGCCCGCGUAAAGGACGCCAUCCAGCAGCACCAGCAGAAGAUGGAGUGGCUGAAAACGGAGGGCGUGGAGGGCAGCAAGAGCCAGUCUCUCCCUGUCUUCAAGGAGAGCCCAGUGUAAGGGCGGGAGGCCCCCCUCCCCGAGGACAUGGGGAAGGGCAAAUCAUGUCAGAGUUGGAGCCGGGGCCUGCAGGGCCAAGCCUGCGGUCAUCAUCCUCCCUUCCCUUCAAGGCUUUUUUAAAUAUUCUUAGAGAACCCAUCAAGGCGUGUGAUGGCAGGAGCCACAUUAAAGGAUCUACCACGCACUGACCUGUGCUCAUUUGUGUGCUGGGGUCUUUCUGUCAAGUGCCAGAGCUGCAUCUUACCAGCCCAAGAGCCCUGUGCUGGAGCUGGCACCACGUGCCAACUGAGCCCACUGGCCUCCAGCAAGCGCCAAGGAAAAGACCUCGAUUCUGAGACCCUCCACUCGGGCUGUUUCCUUCACCAAAUCUAACAGUCAUGUUGUCGUCCGUGGUCCAGGCUGCCCCUCUGACUCAGGGCAGGCUGGAGGCCCGCUCACAGAUGUGCCCAGCUGGGGAGGAAGGAAGGACCAUGCAGGUGCUCAGCCCUCUCCUUUGAUGGGAGAGUCGUUAGCACAGCGAAUAGAACCCAGCUCUUCUCCCUCCCAGUCUGGUUUUCUUUCCGUUAUCCUAAACUGUUGAGGUGCCCAGGGGAAUCCUGAUCCCAUCAAUGCCCCUUUGGGCCUUCAGGGGCAGGCACUUGCCUUCAGAAUCUCUUCAGAGAGAGGAGGCCCUUCUAGCCAGAACCAAUCUGGGGGUGGGGGGUACCAGAAGUGCCCCCAUAGUCCCUCAGGCUGCUUUCCUCCCUGCCUGCUCUGUUAUGCCAGAGCUCUUAUCUCCUCAGAAAGGUAGAAACCUGGAAUCCCUGACCGGAACUGAGAGCCUGGCACCCCACUGCCCGGCUCCCUUUCCGUGCCUACUGCCCUCACCUCUUGGGCCACCUCUCUAGCCCUGCAUCUUCUCCACUGGGGCUAAUGGCUCAUUUCCCCUUAGUAUGGACAGGCCCAACUUAAGGCUAAAAACCACUCCCCUCCUUUCCCCUCCCCUCCCAGCUAAAUAUGCCAAAGUCCAAAGUGGAUCUCAAAGGACUUGAGAGACAAGUGACCCCAAGGCUUGAAGGUGGAAGGACUUCUGAUUGUGGUCCCCCUGUCCUUAGUGCCCACAGUCAAGGAGCCAAGUUGGACCCUGCCUGUUCUGUCCUGGGGAGGGGAAGCACUUGUGAGGGUGGUCUUCUGUUGGGGAGGAAAUGAGCAGAAGGUAGAUGUAUGACCCAACAAUCCCUCUGGGCCAGGGCUGGAGAGCUGGACUAGAUAAAUGACCUUCAAGGUACUUUUAUGAUUGCUGUGAUCUUCAUUUUGUAAGUUCGGAAUGUGCAUGAUCAAGCCCAGAUGGGCCACCAGGUUGGGCUCUGAAAAGCUCAGAGUCAGAGGUGGGGCUUGGGGGGCAGGACAACAUGCUGUAAACCAGGUGGCCUACCAGAGGACAGAUCAGGAGGGACCGAGGUUAUGGGUGUAAAGUGAACCUAUUAUGCCUAGAAACCCACCUUGUGUCCUGGUGUGGUUAAUAGACCAAGUCAAGUAGUGGGAAAAGAUAGCAGUACCCACCCAUUGCUCACCUCCUGCCGGGCCCAAACCGAGUGAAGACGAGAGGAGCCCUCGGUUUGCCGGGGGAGCAGGAGGCAGCAGACCUGCCUUGUCCCCUUUGGCCUCGUGGCCCAGUGCGUUGGACUAGAAGGGGCUGGAGGCCAGAGAUGAUAUUUGAACUCUGGUCUUGUGUCCUUUCCGCCCAUGUCACAAGGCCGCCAUGCUGAGCCAGCCCAACCUUCCUCCGUGGAGGAAGGAAGCAUCGCAAACAGGGCUUGGUCUUCCUCAAGUAUAACACGGCUAACCUGUGAAGCGCUCCUCUGGACGGACCCCGGGCGUCCGCAUGGGAACUUCACUUUGUUCUCUAGGUGUGCCAAAAAACAGGAUCCCAGGGCCCAGCAGGGCGUCCGAGCAAGGCCCCCAGCUCGUCCAGCCUGUACUUCAGCAGGAUCCUCACAGCAUGCUCAACCACACGCAGCCUCCGCUUGCAGCCUUUUGGGCAGCUCGGUUACCCUUCCACUCAAGCUGCCUCUGCAGACUCCCAACCACUCUAGUUCUGCACCCUGGGGCCAAGCAGAACCGGUCGAACUCACAGCCAUCACUUCUUCUGAGGCUUCUCUGAGGGAAAUAAAUGCCCCAGUCCUUCUAUGUGAUCUUCACAUGUACGUGACAUCAAGGCUCUUCCCUAGCCAGGUAGCCUUCCCCUGGAUACCUUCUAGCUUACCGAGUCUUGCCUAAAAGGUGGCGCAUGCAGAAGCUAAACCCAGUGCUCUAGAUGGGAGCUGACCAGGACAGAAGGCAGGUUCUGGACUAUCACCUUCAGCUGAGCAGUGCAGGCCCUGGAGUCAAGGAGACCCGAAUUCAAAUCCAGCCUUGGACAUUGGCCAACUGGGC